AUGUCUGCGCUCAUCAAGCUUGAUGCGAGCUACCAGGACUACGCCUGGGGCAAGAAUGCCGCGUCCAGCUUCGUGGCGAAGAUGAAGGGCUUGACGGAAGACCAGUCAGGCAAGAUGUAUGCGGAGUUGUGGGUGGGCACGCAUCCAAGUUGCCCGUCCAAGGUUGCCAACGGCAGCGCACAGCUGCUCGAGGACUUCUUGAAGGAUCCAGAAAAUAAGAAGAGGUACUUCUCGGCGGCUCACCAGAGCACAAGUUUCCGUGACACGGUGCCGUACUUGCUGAAGAUCCUAUCGAUUCGCACGGCUCUGUCCAUCCAGGCCCACCCAUGCAAGAAGCUGGCCGAGGAGCUGCAUGCUGCCCAGCCGGAUAAGUACAAGGAUCCAAACCACAAGCCAGAGCUCAUUUGCGCGUUGACCCCUUUUGAGGCUCUCUGCUGCUUCCGUCCGCUCAAGGAGAUUAUUGCGUACUUGAAGCGCAUUCCACAACUGGCGGCGCUUGUCGCCGCCGACACGGUAUUGGGCUCGUACAUGAUGGCGCCUCAGAGCGCGCUGCCAGCAGCUGACAGCGACGCGGAGAGACAGUCGCUGAAGUCCUUGAUGACGAACCUGUAUGCAGCCCCCGAGGAUACCGUCACCAAGGAACUGCGCCUGCAUCUUCGUCACAUUGAAGAGAAGGGUGCACAGUGCGCUGAGGAUACGCUCUUUGUUCGCAUUUACAAGCAGUACCCCGAUGAUGUCGGGUGCUGGAUGGUGUACUUCCUUAAUUACGUACAGAUGGUUCCUGGGGAGGCGCUCUUCCUGUCGGACAGCGAGCCACACGCGUACAUCAGCGGCGACGGUGUCGAGAUCAUGGCGUGCAGCGACAACGUCGUGCGUGCUGGACUCACGCCCAAGUGGAAGGAUGUGCCCACGCUGGUGAGCAUGCUGAAGUACAGCACGACCGGCCUUGCGUCCGCUCGCUUCGAGAAGAAUUGCAGUGAGGAUGCAGCACAGUGGCAGGUGCAAUGCUACCAACCGCCGGCGCAGUUCCCCGACUUUUGCCUGUACCGCAUGCAGUACGACCACACUUCUGGAAGCGGGACGACCUCCGUGACGCUGCCGACGAUUGGGCUGGGCUUCUGUCUGGAAGGGUCGGCUAGGGUGAACGGUACAGUGGUGUGCGCCGGAGACUGCUUUGCGGUGCCGUACGGCAAAGUCACGUGCCAAGCCGAAGAAAGGAAGGCGCUCGUGUUUGUUGCGUCAACGAACGACUUGAGCGGCACGUGUCCGAACUCCCUUCGAGAGUGA